CUCCAAAGGCGGCAGCGAUCGCACGCCAAAAACAACAACGUAAUGUCUUCCUAUCGCAGUUAUACACCCUGGAAGUCCAGCCUGGGCAGCUCUUACAAAACAGGCAGCUCUUCGUAUGGAGCUGGAGGCGACUCCACAUCGCGUUACAGUUCCCUGGCCACGCCCAGCGCCUACAGACCAUCAUUCUCGGGCGGGACAUACCGCCUCAAGCGAGAUCCACCCACAUCGGCAGCCCCACCGCCCGUCACCAGCUACGUGAGUCGCUAUGCCAAGACAGAGCCCAAGGAGACGGCCGCCAGCGAGCGGACCAGUCCCAUCAAGCGGUACACGGGGGGAGCUGGGACGAGCAGCAGCACGCUGGGAAAGUACGGCAGAUCCAGGGAUCCUAGUCCCGUGGCCCUGGAGCACACGAAUCGAGGUAAAUCGAGGGAUCCGAGUCCAGUCAUCGACAGCGGCAGGAGCAAACUGGGGGCCACCUAUCGCAGUGGAAACACCUCGACCUCCUCCUCGUCGUCGGGUGCGAGGAAUGGGUACGGCAGUCGCUUUGGCCCCGCCGCAUCAAGGAUCAGCAAUGGCAGCAGCAAUGGCAGUGCCAUCUCCUACUUGACCACCAGCGACUUUCAUGCGAGAACGGCCAGUCGAGCCAGGGCCAGCAGGGAGAAGGAGCAGGAGGUCACCGCAAGUCCCCCAGAGAAGGCCAGGGAGGAAGAGCCAAAGGGCAAACAGCAGGCCAGCCCCGAGAAGGAGCAGGAACAGAAGAAGGUUGCACAGGACCUGCAGCCCGAGGAAACCUUCGUUUCCGUGUCGGUGGUUACGCGUGCCACUUCGCCCACGCCACCGGGGAGUACCACCGUCCAGCGUACGCGCCGCAUCGACAUUGCCAAGACCAUCGAGAAGACCAUCCAGCGAUCGACGAAGCCCCGCCAGAUGCUGGAGAAGGAGAUCCAAUCGGACAGGAUGGACGAUUCCACGCGAUAUCUGCGGUACAGCGGUGGCAGCAGCAGCCUCAGCUCCACCUACAGCCCGCACAGGGAUCGGAUCAGCAGCCUCCGUUACAGUGCCAGUCCGCUGUCCAACAAGUCCAUGUCCCCCUCCGUGGAGGGGAAGUCACAGUCACCAGCGGAGGUCCCCAGUCCACCGUCCAAGAGUAAUGGCUCCUUGAGUAAUGGGAGCUCCGCCAAGUCGUCCUCCGCCUCCGUCAGCAAAUCGAAGCUCUCUCCGCCCAAGGCCAUACGUCUGAAUGCCUCACGUCAGUCCUCCGUGGAGAAUUUGGCCAAUAAGCCACCAGCAGCACCCACCAAAAGCGAAUCACCCACCAAGACCUGCUCCAGCUCCAGUUCGGGCAGCUCUGCCGUCAAAUGGCCCAACAAGGACUUCCGCAAGAGCUCCCUGAAUGUGGGACCCACGGACAGGCCGCGCAAAUCGCGCACUCCCAGUGGCGGGGAGUCCGAGGACGUGGUGACCAAUGGAGGGUCCGCCCAACUAGAACGCUCGCCCAGUGCGGGCUCUGAGGGGAGUCUGGCUUCGGCUGGCUCCUCCGGAAAGAAGAGCUCCAAGCUGAGCAAUGGCAAAACGUCCUCCUCAACGGGUAGUCGUCAGAGCACAUCGACGUCCUCCGCGGCCGCCUCCUCCACCUCCGCCUCGGACAGCGAGCAGCGGGUGAAGACCGUUAAAAAACAGAGCAAAAAGAAGACGCCCAAAGAAGGCAAGGUCGUUGCCGGCAAUGCCGGCCAAUCGUUGCCCAACCAAAAUAGCCGCAAAUCGAAUACGCCAGCACCUGAGUCACCUUCACUAGAGGGCCACGAUCCCCAACCGAAUGAGAGUCCGGUGGCGGCACCACCACCGAACCGAUCGCCACAAACGCGUCGUCUGCAGAAGCUCUCCUCGGUGUCGAAUUUUUUCGCAAAUCGUCAGCAAGACGCAAAUAGUGAACCGAUCUUCCUCGAAAGCUCGGAGAGCUCUGGGGAGCCGGAGGCCCCACCAUCGAUCAGUCUGGCCACAGAUCUUAACACGAACGAACCGCGAACGAAAUCGACAAAAACGACGCCCACGAGCGAAGCGAAUACCUCAACGAGAUCCCCACUGACGACCCCCAGUUCGAGUACGCGCUGUCCCGCCACCACAAGGAUCACCACUGCCACCACCCCAACGACGAUCAGCAGCAGCAGCACCACCACCACCACGCAGGACACUAGCCUGAGCACCACCUCCGAGCAGGACCCCAGCCAAGAGGAGCCCAGCUGGUGGCAGGACACCAGUCUCCAGAUAAACACAGCCUCCGCUUUGGAUCAGAACAAUCAGAACGGGGAAAUGCCUCCCUAUAGGCUACGGCACAUUGAUUCCGGUGAGGAGCAGGCCUGGUGGCUGCGCCGUAGUGAGGCGGAUGAUGAGGGUGAUGAUGAUACGCUGGCAGAGGAGACUCUGAACCCCCUGGACGAUGAUCCCAGUCACUGGAGUAGCCAGGAUCACGACUUGGAGACGAUAUCCAAGGUCAAGCAGAUGCCAAGGAGCCGCAUCUCACCGGAGCAGGAUGCCUGGUGGCUGGAGGAGGAACAGGAGCAGCCCCAGUCUCAGGCAAAGAUGGAGUCGCAGUCACCUCAGACCCGUUCCCUGCCACAGUCACCACCGCAGUCCCGAUCUCUGCCCCAAUCCCCCCUACAAUUGCAGUCCCCUCUCCAUUCAAAUGGCUACCACGAGGACGAGAACAACAACAACAACAACAAUGAGACGCAUGUGGAGGUGACCUUGAAACUGCCGAGUGGUUCCAAAAGCUCCAACUCAAAAAGCCACAGUGACGAGGGACCCAAGCACUGGUGGAUGUCCGGACCCACCAAAAAGCUGUUCAAUGUCCAACGCGUGGAGUCCGGAGAGCGGGCCUGGUGGCAGGACAGUGAAAAGGAAAAAGAGAAGGAGAACGAGAAAGAGAUGGAACCACCGCCAGUGAAGCCACCCACACCCCCGCCUUGCAUCAUCAAGCACUGGGAGUCGGGAGAGCGGGCCUGGUGGCUGCAGGACGAGCCAGAAGCAGCGCAGUCGGCAGCAGUUGCAGUUGCUGCCGCUGCCAACGCCAGCAGCGACGAGGAGGAGGAAGAGGAGCAGCAGGGCAGAGAGGAGACAGAUCAAAGGCGCAGGAAUCCGCAGCAGCAGCAGCACCAACUGGACACACCACACGAGCUGAGCAGCUCCUUCCACUUUUCCUACACCGAACGCCCGCCGCCGCUGGGGCAGUGCGCCAGUCCCGUGCCGACAGAGCAGCGACCGCGCUGUCCCUCGCCCUACGACAACAUUCCAAUGGGAAGAGCUCACAUGCCGGCAGCGCAGUCAGCGCCACCGACAUCGCUGCAGCCACGCUUCUCCCCACAGGUGAGGCGGCCCGGCGAGAAGCUUUUCAUCUCGCGGCAUCAGAAUAUCGACGAGCUUUUGGGUGGCGCUUGCCGGCCGCUCAGUCCGCUCUUCUACAACAACAGCAGCAGCGAUGCGACGCCGGAAAGCGGCACGAAUAUGUUUCUGCUGGAGGAGAGCUCCUCCCUGGCCAGCAAGAAUAUGUUCCUCCUGGAGGAGAUCACGCCGGAUCAGGUGCGCAUCCACGAUAGCACCGCCCAGAGGCCGGUCAUCCAGCGCAUGCAAAGAGAUGUGGAGUGGUUGGAGAAUGGCAGCAACUUUUACGAGCCACCAAAGCAGCACCAUCAGCAGCAGCAACAGCGGAGGAUCGAUGAUGCAGCCAUUCAGGUGUACAAGGAUGGGGACUAUGGUGCCUAUUUGGACCUGGAAUCAUCGCUGGCCGAACAGACCGAGGAGAUCGAGGGCCUGAAUGCCAGCCGCAAAAACUCUCUGGUGGUACGCACACAACUGAAUGUGCGCGUGCAUUCGAUUAUUGAAAAACUACUUUCAUCGGAGGGCAGCGACCUGCGACGUGCGUUAUUCUCAUUGAAGCAGGUGUUCCAGGAGGAUAAGGAUCUGGUGCAUGCCUUUGUGGCCCUCGGCGGUCUCAAUUGUCUGGUGCGCGUGGGCAAUUGCGCAGAUCAAAACUAUCAGAAUUAUAUACUGCGUGCCCUGGGACAGGUCAUGCUCUAUGUGGAUGGAAUGAACGGCGUGAUGAAGCAUGAGCCGACAAUGCAAUGGCUGUACUCAUUGAUUGCCUCCAAUUACCGAUCCGUGGUGAAGACGGCCCUCAAGCUGUUGCUGGUGUUUGUGGAAUAUGCCGAGUCCAAUUGCUAUGUGCUGGUCAGUGCCAUACACGCGGUGGAUGCCACACAGGGCACGUUGCCAUGGUCGAAUAUAAUGAGACUGCUCAAGGACUAUGACAAUGCAGAUGCCGAACUGGUGAUCUAUGCCACAUCGUUGAUCAACAAAACCCUCGCUGGACUGAACGAUCAGGACACGUUCUACGACGAAAGCGAUCUACUGGAGCAGCAGGGCAUGGAGACGGUCAUCCAGCGUUAUAUGUCCAAGCCGGGCACCGAUCUGGAUCUGCUCGAUCAGCUGCAACUCUACGAGGCUGUACUCAAAUUCGAAGAUGGCGAAUCUGAUGGCCAGCGGCUGCCCCAAAACUCUAUGCGCAAGACUCAGCGCUAUCGUCCGGGCUCGAACACCACAGAGCGACGCAAAUCGCGACGCCACAGCACCGACAACAGUCCUGCGCCCAUCACCAAGGUCCUGGCCACAACCCUACUGCGUAUGACGCCCACCCAGGGAACCCUGGACGAGGAUAGCUCGGGUUCCACCAACUCCACGGAGUUCAGUGGCGGCCUGUUCAACGAGAAGAAGCCACGUGAUGGUGCGGGAGUCACGCCUGGCCUUAGGCGUCGUCGGGAGCGCGCAGAGCGGCACAAGAGCUUCCUCAAGGAGCAACAGGAGGCAGCGGCCAAUGGGAUAUUUGCCGCCCUGGAGCAGCGCGAGGGUUUGGGCCAAAUCGUAACAGCCAUUCCUGCCACCAUACAAAGCGGCGACAGUCCGCCGCAGUCAUUGCAGCACGAGCUGCCGCUGCAGCCGUGCAACAAUAAUAUUAGCAGCAACAGCAACAAUGACACGCCCAAUAACAGCCUGCUGCUGAGUCCCAGCAAGCAGCUGCUAAGCGGCAGCCACAGCAUCUCGAUCAUCAACAACAGCUUCGACAAGGCCAACAACAACAAUAACACCAACAAUCAGAACGAGUUCCUUACGAAAAAGAAUCUCUUCCGCGAACGGAACGCCACUGUGAUCAAUGGGAUCAUGAAGAACAUCCAGCAGACGGCGGACAGUGGCUACAAGAAGUACGAGAAUGAUGCGAAUCGCCUGAAUAACUACUACACGCAGAUGAGUCAAUCGCCCAAGCAUCAGCUGCAGCAGCAGGAUCCCGAUGGAGUCCUUCUCAGUCCCAAGAAGUCGCUGAAUGCGUCAGGAUUUGAUUUCACGCCCGUUCCGCUCAGCUCCACGCCGGUUAAGGGAGAUAUCCCACCAGAAGCAGAGCCACUGAGUCCCAUACAGAAGCCCAUGGCAUUGGCGUCACCACCACCGCCACCGCCGCCGCCACCACCACCGCCACCCAGCUGGUGGCAUGCCCCCAUUGGCAGCGUUGCGACCAGAACCCUAACCAGUACUAACCCCGCUGUGGAUACCCCAACAGAUCUGGACAGCGAGGGGAAGCAGCAACAACAGCUGCUGCAGCUGCAGCUGAAGCGCGACCACACGGUCAAGGAUCUGACACAGAAGCUAAGCAAUCUGCCCACAAGUCCCACACAGGAGCCAGGCAAUCGCUCUGCCAUUGUCGGCGAUAUGUCCGGCCUUAUAUCGAAAGCCAAAGAGGGACUGGCCAAGAGCAAAAGCAAGGGGGAAAUAUCAAGAUCAUCGAGUGUGGAUCAGGAGCUGAAGAAGUCCGAGCCGAAGAAAUCAGAGAACGAGCUGCACUGGGAGGAACUGGUGCGGAAUAUGACGCGACCCUUGAACCUCUGCGACCUGGACUUUACCGAUCUUCACGAUGACGAUGAGAAGGAUGUGCUGGCGCCACGUGGCCUGGGAGUCGGAAUACCGCCACCACCGCCGCCGUUCGCAGGCGGUGGAGGCAUACUGCCACCACCCAUGAUGCCACCAGCACCCAGCUUGAUCCCUCCCCCCAUGUUUGGGUAUGGUGGGAGCCUCACCAACAGUGUGAAUAGCUCCCUGAAUGGAUCCGUGAAUGGGGAUCUGGCUAAUGGGAAUAACACGAUCAAGAAGAACAAGAAGACGGUCAAGCUCUUCUGGAAGGAAGUGCGCGAAGACUUGAUACCCCAGGUGGUGGGUAAGACAAUUUGGGAUGAGCUGCCCAAUGCCAAUGUGGACACACAGAAGCUCGAGCAUCUCUUUGAGUCCAGAGCCAAAGACUUGAUGACCAAGAAACAACAAGAGCUAAACAAGAGCAAAGAGAUCAUUGUGCUCGAUCACAAACGUUCCAAUGCCAUCAAUAUAGCAAUCACCAAGCUGCCGCCACCGCGUGCCAUUAAGGCGGCCAUCCUGAAGAUGGAUGCCACCGUGGUGACUCGGGAGGGCAUUGACAAGCUGCUGAAUAUGCUGCCCACCGAUGAGGAGCGUGGCAAGAUCCAAGAGGCGCAGCUAGUUAAUCCGGAGCUACCUUUGGGCAGUGCCGAGCAGUUCCUCUUGACGCUGGCCUCCAUCUCAGAGCUGGGGUCACGUCUGAAGCUGUGGGCCUUCCGCCUAGACUUCGACAACAGCGAGAAAGAAAUUGCCGAACCACUGAUGGAUCUCAAGCAAGGCAUUGAGAUCUUGCGUCAGAAUCGCACCUUCCGCAGCAUUCUCUCUACCCUGCUGUCCGUGGGCAUUUUCCUGAAUGGAGCACCCGUCAAGGGCUUCCAGAUUGAGUACCUGGCCAAGGUGCCAGAAGUGAAGGACACCGUCCACAAGCAUUCGCUGCUGCACCAUCUCUGUCACAUGGUCAUGGAGUCGAGCAGCGACACGAGUGAUCUGUACUCGGAAAUCGGUCCCAUUACGCGUGCCUCCAAGGCUGAUUUUACCGACCUGGCCCACAACCUCACGCAACUGGAGGCCGAGUGCAAGGCCUCCUGGGAUCGCUUGAAAGUGAUAGCCAAACACGACUGCCCUCCACCGCUGAAGCAGAAGCUCGUGGACUUUCUGGCCGAUUGUGCGGAGCGCAUAAUCAUCCUGCAGAUCGUCCAUCGGCGCGUGAUGAAUCGAUACCGCAAGUUCCUUCUGUGGCUGGGCAUGCCCCAGCACAGUGUGGCCGAGUCCAGGCCAAAUGAGUUCUGCCGCACUCUGUCCGAGUUCGCUUUGGAGUACCGCACGACCAGGGAGCGAGUGCAGCAGCAGCUGGAGAAGAAGGCCAAUCACCGCGAGCGCAAUAAAACGCGCGGCAAGCUGAUCAUCGAUAUGGCCAAGUUCAAGACCAAAGAGGAUGUGGCCGAUGCAGAGUUGAAAACCCUUCUGGGCACACCCAGUGCAGAUCAGGCGGAUGGCACUCUCACCUGGCGUCGACGGCGCGCGGAGCAACUCCGCUCGCCCAUUGCCCGCCAGAGCGAGGAGCAGUUCACCGAUGGCGAUGAUGAGAUACUCGAAUCUCUGGUUAAGACCGCCACCAAGGCGCCGGGCACUCGGACCACACCCAGGGAGCGCAAGAGGACGCGCAAUGCGGAUCGCAAAUCAUUGCGUCGCACGCUUAAGAACGGUCUGACCGAUGAGGAGAAACAACAUGUGGCUGCCUUGAUACAAACCUAUUAGGAUCUAGAUCUGGAGAGAUGUAUAUUUCCAUAGAGAACCCAGUCCAACCCCCCCCCCCCCCCACCACCCCCAGUGAUGUCACGAGUCGGGCUAUGCGCGCAACAGACUGAUAUUGGCGAUCUCGGACGAGCAGAGCAGCGAAAGCAAGCGAAACCCCCAGAAAAAACCCCUUUUAUACGACACACCACAUUAUCAGCAUCACAAAAUAACGAAAAUGUCCUUAAAAGAAUGCGUUUUUUCAUAGUGUUUUAUCCUGUUAUUAAUAUAUAAUUAUUUUUUUUUUUUGCUUCGGCCAAGUAUUAUUAAUUACACGUAAUUAAAAAAAAAUCUGUAUUGUAA